CCUGAUGAGGACAUCAGCCAGACCAUUGAGAAUGUCCGCCAAGAGGCCAAGCUCUUUGCAAUGUUAAAGCAUCCUAACAUCAUUGCCCUCAGGGGCGUGUGUUUGAAGGAACCCAAUCUUUGCUUGAUCAUGGAGUUUGCCCGUGGAGGAUCGCUAAAUAGAGUGUUGUCUGGUAAAAGGAUACCUCCUGACAUACUAGUGAACUGGGCAGUACAGAUUGCGAGGGGAAUGAACUACCUGCAUGAGGAAGCAAUUGUUCCCAUAAUUCACCGUGACCUGAAGUCCAGCAACAUACUGAUACUCGAAAAGGUGGAAAACGGAGAUCUGAGCAACAAGAUAUUGAAGAUCACGGAUUUCGGCUUGGCCAGGGAAUGGCAUAAAACUACCAAAAUGAGCGCAGCUGGGACAUAUGCCUGGAUGGCUCCUGAGGUCAUCCGCUCCUCCAUGUUCUCCAAAGGCAGCGAUGUGUGGAGUUACGGUGUGCUGCUUUGGGAACUGCUAACAGGAGAAGUACCAUUCCGAGGAAUUGAUGGUCUUGCAGUAGCAUACGGUGUUGCCAUGAAUAAACUUGCCCUUCCAAUCCCUUCCACAUGUCCAGAGCCUUUUGCCAAACUCAUGGAAGAUUGUUGGAACCCUGACCCACACUCACGACCUUCCUUUGCCAGUAUCCUAGACCAUCUCACCGCCAUAGAAGAGUCUGGUUUCUUUGAAAUGCCCAAAGAUUCCUUCCACUCCCUGCAGGAAGACUGGAAACAAGAGAUCCAAGAGAUGUUUGAUCAGCUCAGAGCCAAAGAAAAGGAGCUGCGCACAUGGGAAGAAGAGCUGACUCGUGCUGCUGUUGAACAGAAGAACCAUGAGGAGUUGCUACGAAGGCGGGAACAGGAGCUGGCAGAACGCGAGAUUGACAUCCUGGAAAGGGAGCUCAACAUCAUCAUCCACCAGCUGUGUCAGGAGAAGCCUCGGGUGAAGAAACGCAUGGGGAAGUUCAAGAGGAACCGGCUCAAGUUAAAAGAUGGCAAUCAUAUCAGCCUGCCUUCAGAUUUCCAGCAUAAAUUCACUGUGCAGGCUUCUCCAACGAUGGAUAAAAGGAAAAGCUUGAUCAGUAGUUGCUCCAGCCCUCCUGCAAGUCCUACCAUUAUUCCCAGACUCAGGGCCAUACAGUGUAAGGAGCUCAAUGUAGUAUUGAAUUUGGGAAAUGUGCAGUCUGUCAGCGUGAUCUUGACUCCUGCUGAAAGCAGUAAAACAUGGGGACGAAGCUCAGUCCUUCCAAAGGAGGAAGGAGAGGAAGAGGAGAAGAGAGGCCAGAAGAAAAAGGGACGCACUUGGGGACCGAGCUCACUUUGUCACAAGGAACUGGGUGCAGGAGAAGAUGGUCUGAAAGCUCUGGUAGAAGGAUACAAACAGUGGUCAUCCAGUGCACCGAACCUUGGGAAGAUCCAGAGAACUGCGCCUGCUUUUCCUGGAUUCACCAGCUUGGCAGAGAUAGAUGAUGAAGACAGUGAAUGUCUUAAUGGGGAGGGCAAAGUGCACCCUUCACCUGGGCACAAUCAGUCAUACCUCUGCAUCCCAUUUCAGAAGAAUGAAGACUGGGAUGGCCCUUCUAGUGAUGCCAAUGAGGAGUCCACCCCUGUGAACUCUGCUACUAGUACCCCGCAGCUGACACCCACCAACAGCCUCAAACGUAGUGGCUCCCACCACAAGCGAUGUGAGGUUGCAUUGCUUGGCUGUGGAGCAGUGCUGGCUGCUGCAGGCCUGGGUUUUGAUCUGUUAGAAGCAGGGAAGUGUCAGCUUCUGAUUGAGGAGGAGCCAGAGGCACCCAAGGAAGAGAAGAAGAAGCGUGACAGCAUUUUCCAGCGAACCGGACGCCCACGCAGGAGCACUAGCCCACCUUCCCGAAAGAUCUUCAAGAAAGAGGAUCCCAUGUUGUUGCUAGGCGAGCCAUCCACAUCCCUCACCCUUCUUUCCCUGUCUUCCAUUUCCGAAUGUAAUUCCACCCGGUCCCUGCUGCGCUCAGACAGUGAUGAGAUUGUGGUGUAUGAAAUGCCUGUCAGCCCAGUGACAGUCAAGGCUCCCUUGCCAGCCAUUACCAACCCACUAGUCAAUGUCCAGAUCGAGAGGUUCAAACAAGACCCCAACCAGUCCCUGACUCCCACACAUGUGACAGUCUCUUCCCACACCCAGCAAAGCGGGCACAGGCGCACACCUUCUGAUGGGGCCAUCAAAGGGAGUGGACUAGUUGUCAAUGGGUGCCCAACCAGUGGAUGCCCUUCCAGUAGCUGUUUAACUGGAGCACUGGGAGCAGGUGUAUUAAAAACACCUAGUCCAAGUAGAGAUCCCAAUGAGGUCCCUCGCCUGCCAGACCCCAACCUUGUUUUUCCUCCAACCCCGAGACGAUGGAAUGCACAGCAGGACCCCACACUGGAAAGACCCAAGACAUUGGAGUUCCUGCCCCGGCCACGUCCUGCAGCCAGUCGGCAGCGGCUUGAUCCCUGGUGGUUUGUGUCGCCCAGCAAUGCCAAGGGUGAAUCUUCUGCCAACAGUUCAAGUACUGAUACUCCAAGCAAUCUGGACUCUUGUUUUGCUAGUAGCAGCAGCACUGUAGAAGAGAGACCUGGACUGCCUGCACUGCUUCCUUUCCAGGUGGGUCUUCCUGUAGAGGAGCGGACACUGUUGGACAUAGAUGCUGAGGGGCAGAGCCAGGACAGCACCAUUCCGCUAUGCAGAAGUGAACUUAACACACACAAAGCUGCAGCAUAUGAACUCAAGCAAGAAUUCUGGUCUUAGUAUGAAAUCCACUGGGGACAGUGAGCCCCUCUAAAUUCAAUCCUACUUUUUGCACUGAGAAUGCACUUUGAAGACAGGUGAGAUGGAGGGAUGCUACAGAGAUCAUAUGGUGCUGCCUCUGCUGAAGAUGUGUUGUUCAACUGCCUGAUUUUUGUCUGCAGUUGGAUGAAACUUGGCAACUCUGAGCUGCUGACUUUUGCUGUGGGGUUUUUCUGUAGUCUUCCCUGCCCUCUUAUUGCAGUUUGAAUCUGCAAUGAGCUAAAAUUAUCAUAUCAAAGUCUUUGUUACUGACCUUGUAGGAUUUGGCACUUGCAGUAAGUAUAUUGGUAUCUAUCCUGGUAUUAAUCAGUAUUUUCAAAACUCAAAUAUUACACUACAGCAGACACCAGUGUUUGUUUUCCCAAGGAAUCCAGGACAGAAACAAGUAAAUAUCUGGAGACUACCUUCUCUGAAAUGUAUUCAGAUCAUUAGAUAGGCCUGGGAAUCAUGGUACCCCCGCUGAAGGAGCAGAAGUAACUUAGACUCGCUUGUCGUCUUUUGCUCAUGUCAUAGUGCAAGGUGGAACAGACUGCAGAGGAAGGGCAUGGCAUCUCUACUGAUGGAGGUCUUUGAGAACAGACUAACUAGACUGUUGGGAAUGAGUAGGUGUAGUUGAUGCUGGCUUCAAGGCAGGUUGGAUGGACUUCAAUGAUCUCUUGAGGUCCCUCUCAGCCCUAUUUUUCUAUGACCCUAUGCUUUCAAAAAGAUGAAGGCUUAUGGUAUGGCUGUUUACUCUAGCUUGCUUUUUUUGUUUCAAACUCUGGUUCCAUCAGCCUCCUUUUCCCACCCCCUGUAUCCCAGGCUCAUAGUCAAGCUGCCUCAGCUUUGGGAAGGGAAUUAGCAGGAACUCCUUCUUUAAAGCUGUGUUGGCUUGCAGAAGUAACUUAUGUGUCCGCUCACUCUUUUUCUUUUCUUCCUGUUUUUCCUCCUUUCUUACGCUUUUUAGGAGUGGCCCUUGGAACCCAAGACUGUUCUUAUGCACACUGAUACUUGUUUAAAGCUCUUUUGAAAUUGAGGCUUGUUAGUAGUUGGGUUGUGCAAACAGGAAUCAGAACAUCUGGAUUCUGUUUUGUUUUGUCACUGACUCACUGUGUGACCUUGGGCAAAUAAUGUAACCUCUGUGCCUGAAUUUCCCCAUCUGUAAAUAAUAGGAAUAAUACCUACCUCACAGGGGGAGGGGUUGGGACAUAUGUAAUAGGUAUAAAGUCCUUUGAGAUCUUUGAGUGAAAGGCACUAUAGACAUGUAAAACUUUAUUCUUGUUCAGAUAUGUAAAAACUCCUAACUCUGGAGCAAGAACAGACCCCUGUCUUGAAGGAGGAAGUCACACAAGUAGGGUGUGCCUAUGCUCACAGUUUUCUGUACAGAGACUGCAAAUGUGUCUGUGCCUCUGCAGGUAUAUCUUACUGGCUUUAAUGAGAGCUUCACUCUUCCCUAGUUUUGGCAUUACAAAUAAGGGAUGUGGCCUUUAUAUGAGUGUAAUAGGGUAGUCUGCUUUAUUGCAGGGUACAGCAUAUCUGUUCACUCUUUUUGUACAGAUCUGUGCUCAUUUGCUAAUCUACUGACCAUUUGGGUGCAAAUAACUGAUUUGACAGUGCUGCCAAUGCAGUGCUGAACCUGUUAGGGCAGUCCAGUCCUGUUGUGAAGGCAGUGUAGCCGAAUACUUUCUUGCAGCUGUCAGCACAGAGAACCUGUGUGUUUAGAUGUUUGUAACCUGAUGUUAAAAACCAGCAUGUGUGGGGAAGUACUGUACUUAAGGUUUUUUUAAUUCUGUUUGAGGGCUAAACCAGCAUGUUGCCAUUAGUCAAGUGCACCCUUUUUUUCCAAGCAAUUACAGUAUGUUUUCAUGUAGAAAGGUCACACAUUUCUUGUUUAUCACAUUCCAUGAAACAUGUUUAAUGGCAGAAUUACUUUUUGCUGCCUUCCCCAUUGAGUGCUCCAGAGCUAGCCUUAAUGAUGCUAUACUAGCUGCUGAAGCUGGAUAGACUGACUGUGUAGGCAAGGUAUUCUGAUGUGGGGCUAAGAUACUUAAAAAAGAAAACUUACAUU